AUGGGUAGUUUUACAGAUGGACAGUGCUACUUAUCCGUUUGCGUGUUGCUCCACGAGUUAGCAUUCAGGUUCAAGCCUUUUGCCCUUUCCAUUUUGUUGUGGCCUUGUGUGCUCCGCAGAUGUACGGUGCUGGGUUUCUGUUCAGCAUUUGCUAACAGCACACCAGCGCGGCAUACAAACUGCGCCCAGCCAUGGGCGACCCAGGUGGAGACGGAUGCGGAUAACUAUGUAGAUUUGCUGCGGGACCCAUCGGCAGAGGCUUUGGUAGGAGCAGCACCUUUCACAGUACCGCUUGCGAUACCAAAGGAGGCACCGUUCGCGGCAUGGCCAUUGGGUGGGGCAUUGGGAGGGCCAAGCGCAGGGGCAAGAGACGCAGCGCCAUGUACAGAGCCGUUCACGGCAGGGCUAGCUGCAGAGGCCAAGCUCAAGGCCAAGUGCAGCGAUAUUCACAGAGCCGACCACGGCAGGGCUAGCAGCAGGUCAAGCUGCAGGACCAGCGACAGGGCAAGCCGCAGAGUCAUCCGCUCCUGGAAGGAGGCGCGCACGCUGUCUGGGCCUGCACCACAACAAGGACGUUCUAGGAACCGUGCGCGUCCUAACCCUGCACAGUGUGGGCGUGGCAGAGGGCAGCGGCGUCUUAGUGCUGAGAACGGUAAUGAGGGCAUGGUGCAAGGGGGAGCAACGGCAGGAAGGCCGCUCUCCAAAUUCGAAUUUUCGUGUGCGUCCUGUGGACGCAAUGAUCAGUGCCAGUCUCGUGCAUAUUAUCACAUCACCAGACAGAAGUGCGUCCAGCUUGUUAAUAAUGGCAAAGAGGCUGUGGCUCCUAACAAGAUGGUCGCUGGACGCUGUGGGAAAUUGUUGCAAUACAUUGCCACGUACUGUGUAUGGUUAAAACUUGCGACGUCCAAUAUGACGCAGAUGAAAAUCCUCAGCAAAUAG